UUAUAAUGUCCGGCUGUAUGGUAAACACAUAAAUUGAUAAUUUUUCUUAAAGUACAUAAGAAUUGGAAACAUCUGAUUUUGACAUCUGAUGGGUGCUGGUGAAUCAACAUCAAGUCAACCACCAUCUGAUGAACAAACAAACUCUUCUAAUGAAUGCCCAAUACAUAAUGAUACAAAAGACAAUCAUCUGAAAAGUUGUCCUAUGCAAGAAGAGAAGACAGGAAAAUACCCAAGAGAAUGUCCUAUGCAUCAAGAGAACUUGAGUAAUGAUUAUGUUAAUCCAGCAAAUAUGAUGCCUCCAGCCAAUCAGAUGCCAGCAUCAGACCAACCAUUCCCACUAUCUACAGUAAGAGAAGAAUCAACAAUUCCAAAAGCAGAUGAGGACUCAAAUUGGGUAUAUCCGUCACCACAAAUGUUCUGGAAUGCUAUGCUCAGGAAAGGUUGGCAAUGGCAGAAAGAUGAUCUAAGUGCAAAUGAUAUGGAUCAUAUAAUCAGAAUUCAUAAUAUGAAUAACGAGAGGGCUUGGCAGGAGGUUUUAAAGUGGGAGUCAUUUCAUGCUCAUGAAUGUGAUCAACCCAAACUAGAAAAGUUUGGUGGCAAGGCACAAGAGUAUUCUCCCAGAGCAAGAAUUCGUAGCUGGUUGGGGUAUGAGCUUCCAUUUGAUCGCCAUGAUUGGAUUGUCAACCGUUGUGGUAAGAAAGUGCGGUAUAUCAUCGAUUACUAUGACAUCGGUGAUGAAGAUUCGUACUCAAAAGGGGAGUUUGUUCAUUUGGACUGCAGACCAGCAUUGGAUUCCUUCGAGGCAUUAGCUGACCGAACAAGAGUCGCUUUCUUGAGAUUUGCUUUUUAUUUGAAGAGUUGGAAAGAUGGAAGGUCACAGGAAAAAACUUCUGAACAAGUACAAAAUAAGAGUUGAGAAUGCACGUUUUCUGUCCUUCAUGGAAGAUUCUUGUUAUUAUUCUUUUUCUGAGAGAUACGAAGUUUAAUACUCGCAAGUUUUCUUGAACCUGGAGAAAAUGUUCUAAGUAUGACGGAAUAAGAGCAUCAUUUGCAACUUUGUAUUUAUACGGUUAAUUCUUACAUUGUUGAAUUUUUAUAAU